GGACACACACCAGCGAGCGCUCGCUCGCUCGCUCGUCACACACCGCGGGGGGAAGAUAUAUAAAAAGGGCUCCCAGGGAGAAAGAAUCCGUGGCGUUCAUUUCAAGGGUGUUCGUUGACGGCGCAAAGGCCCGCCCAUGGGUGCCGGAGAGGACAAUCGACUUUAAAAGCAAAGCAUUGAGCGCUUGAAGAGUAGCCCAAAUUCUUCUUUUCUUUUCACCUUCCCACCGAGCGUGGUCUCGUUUGAGAAGCCAGUCAAACGGUAGCGCCGAGCGAGCGAGUUGUUUUUUGGGUUUGGCGCAGGAUGGACGUGGAUCUGGACAACUGGACUUUUGCCGAUGAACACUUUGACUUCAAGGAGCACGUGGAUGGUUUGGGCGUCCUCGUGGCCGUCCUCUACCUCGCCGUGUGCGUCGUGGGACUCGCCGGGAACUCUCUGGUCAUGGUGGCCGUUUUGAAAGUGGACAAAAUGUCAUCGGCCACCACGGUGUAUAUUUUCAACCUGGCGCUGGCCGACGGACUCUUCAUGGUGGGGCUCCCGUUCAUCGCCAGUCAGAACUUGCUGAAGCGUUGGUGGUUUGGCGACGCGGCCUGCAAAGCGGUCAUGGUGUUGGACGGCAUCAACCAGUUCACCAGCGUCUUCUGUCUGACGGCCAUGAGCGUGGACCGUUAUAUGGCGCUGGCCGAGCCGCUGAGGUUCGCCUCCUGGAGGACGCCGCGCUGCGCCAAGAUAGUUUCGGCCUUCCUCUGGCUUUUUUCCAUCCUGACUAUCCUUCCCAUGGCACUUCACUUCUCGGCCGACGGCGGCCAGUGCAUACCCGACCUGCUUUCGGAAAUGUGGUGGCUGGGCGUCCUGUCUUACACCUUUGUCUUGGGUUUCGCCUUGCCGUUUGUCAUCAUGACCUCCUCGUACACGGCGUUGCUGCUCACCCUGAGGCGGCGGCGGCGGCGGCAGCAGCAGCGACUCCAAUCUAGCGAGAACCAGCGUCCGGAGCGGCAGGUCACCAAAAUGGUGGUGGCCGUGGUGGUGGUGUUUGGUGUUUGCUGGCUGCCGUUUUACACCGUCAACUUCUGCUCCACAUUUCACGCCAACCUCACCUUGGCCCGGGUCUUUGAGUUGUCGGUUUUGCUGUCGUACUCGUGGAGCUGCGCCAACCCCAUCCUCUACGCCUGCCUCUCGGACACCUUCAGGAGGCACUUCCGGUCCCUCCUGUGUUCAGCUGCCGCCGCCGCCGCCAAGUCUUCGGGCAGCGUGCGAUGCGACACCGAGCGGUAUGUGACAGGAGUGCAGGAUGUCACCAUUCUGGCAUAGAGAGACCAAGAGCUCGA